AUGGAAGCCGUGACGCCGCAAUGGACGGUGGCAAGCUCCGCAACGGCCCAGAAGCGCGCCGCUCCGGGGUCUGCUUCGGGCGAGAGCCAGAGGUCCAAACGGGCAAAAUAUACCCCUGUAGCGUGCAACGAAUGUAAGAGGCGGAAGCUCAAGUGCAUCAAGGAAGACAGCUGGUCGGCUUGCCGGCGAUGUCUCAUGAGCGGGGGCGAGUGCGUCUUUGCCCCGGGCCCGCAACAGACGCCGAUGAGAGAACGCGGGCUCACGCAUGAGAGGGACGAGCCCAUCACCCCGUACAAUGGUCGCAGCGCCGCCGCAGAGAACCAUCCCGCGUUGAUCGCGCCCGCCAGCUCCCAGUUCAAGAAACUCAGCGACGAGGUCGCCGUCCUCCGGGAGCAGGUCGCCAAGCUGACGUCGUCCCUCAGGGAACUCACCGGCAAGAUCGCCCACGUCAGUACGCGGUCGCCGGCGGCCCUCGGCGGCCCUACGCUGCCGAGCCCUCUGUACGCGAGCGAGUCGGCCCGCCGGCCCAGCGAGCCGAGGGAGCCUCAGUUCGUCGGCCCCACGAGGUCCGCCUACAGCCUCCGCAUAGCCGAGUCGUCCCUCUUACGCGUGCCCGUCCAAGCGCGCGACGCCUCGCCGCCGAGCGGGUCCGCGUCUCCCGCGGCCUCGGCGGGGGCGCCGUCCGAGGUCGCAGACCGCCACGCGGUAUCUUCGUCGGCCCAAAAGGACCCGGACCCGGACCCGGACCCUCUCCUGACCUUGGGAUUCGACGAGGUUGUCCGGCUGCUCGAUGUCUAUCAAGAAGAAAUCGAGUCGGUCUACCCUUUUAGCGACAUUAAAGACAUUCUGGCCCACCUGCCGCGUAUCCUCGACUACGCCAGGGACCCGCACAGCCAGUCUGUCGAGGACCGUCCCCAAAUCGAGCUCAAAGACGUUCAAAUCGUCAAAGUCGCCAUCGCCACGUCGAUAGUGAUGGAUGCCCAGGGGCAGAAUGCCACCAGCACGAAACUCAUUGACUCGGUGGAGCCCGUUGUCUGCCGCGUUUCCGGUGAUGCUUUCAUAGACUUGAAAGAACUGCAAAUCAUGACCAUGCUGAGCAUCUACUGGUUCCACUGCGGCGAGGAACUGCUAGCUUGGAGGUCCAUUGGUAUCUCGGGGCGAGAAGUCCUGGAAAUGGGGCUAAAUCGGCGAGCCAUCCUCAUGGAGAACUUCAAAGACCCCGAGGAGAGAGAGCGGGCUUUGCGGUGCUUCUGGUGCGUCUAUGUUCUGGACCGUCGCUGGAGCUUCGGUACAAGCUUGUCGUUCGCAAUCGUUGACAGCGACGUCGACCCCGAGUUGCCCGAGCCAGGAGACGAGUAUCCAUACCUUCGGUGUAUGAUCGCGUAUGGGAGGCUCUGUUCCAAAGUCUGGGAGGCACUUCCACCGUUCGAGUCGCCGUCGCAGUUCAUCCCCAGGGACACCGUGGCGUUCCUGGACUUCAUGACGCUGAACUGGCUCGGCGCGAUACCCGCAGACCUGCAACUUCGCCAUCCGAGACUGGGCCUUGCCCCCAGGGCCCAGCCACGCAGCAUGCAUCGCCUGCGGACCCUCCUCUACCUCCGUGGCAACCAGAUGCGGAUGCUCAUCCACCGGCACCACGUCCUCAGCACCGCCAGCAUCAAGGCGGACAUGCAGAGCGCAAAGCUCGUGACUGAAAUUGCGCUGGACUCGAUCCAGGUGCUCGUCCACCUGAACGACACGAGCGACAUAUACGCGCGGCAGCAGAACGCGUUCAACUACUUCCUCAUGAGCGCACUGGUCGUGAUCCUCCUGGCCGUGUGCCACGCGCCAGGCGUCUUCACGGAACCGUGCAAGGAACCCUUUUUGAAGGCCGUCCAGCUUGUCAAGGGCUUCUCCCGCCACGGCCAUGCAAGCCGGAGGUUGUGGAAAACCAUCCGCAGCCUCCUCCCCAGCGUCAAGUCGCUGGGCCUGCGGAGCGAUCCGGACAAGGGUGACGGCCCGCCGCCGCCGGCGGCGGUGGCGGCGGCGGGGGGAAACGGCGACGACGGCCCGGCAGACGCAAGGCCGGACGAGGCGGCCCAAGACGCCGCCAACCAAGACGAGCGGGAAGAGAGGCGGGCGGAAAGCCAGUGGGACGCCCAUUACGCGAGUCAUGAUGCGGAUGGUUCGAUACCGGACAUGUUCACAAUGGGAAACGACUUGUUGGACCUCUUCGACGCGUUCGGACACGUGAAUGCGGGCCAUCCGACACCAUCGGAUUUUCCCGUAGGAUUCUUCGGGGCCAUUGAGCAUGGCAUACCGCAUGGCGGCCCAGAGGAGAUUUCACGACGGUUCCAAGGGCUCAUAUGA